AUGCAAUCCGAACAACCGUGGCAUGCAGCCUUCCCAGCACCACGCAGCACAUCACAGACCAUCCGCAAGGAACAACUGCUGCAGUGGAUGCACGAGGGAAGAAAAGACUAUGUGGUGAUUGACCUCCGCCGGACGGACUUUGAGGGCGGAACAAUCCGCGGCACUCUCAAUCUCCCCGCGCAGACUCUCUACCCAUCUAUCCCGACGUUAUAUCAGGUUCUGUCUGGUGGAGGCAUCAAGGCUGUUAUUUGGUAUUGCGGAUCCUGCAACGGCCGCGGCCCUCGAGCAGCAAACUGGUUCACCGAUUAUCUGGAAUCCAAGAAUGACAGCACAAUGCAGAGUCUGAUACUCGAGGGCGGCAUUAAAGGGUGGGUGAAGGGUGGUGAGGAAUACCAAGGUCUAAUGGAGGGAUUUGACCAGGCAUUCUGGUGA